CAGACAGCCUAAAUCCCCACAUACUAACCCUAGCUCCCGCUGAUCUUUCCCUACCCUGAUCUCCUCUGCCACGGAUGUCAUCGGAUCCAUCGUCUGUGGAGCCCUCCGUGGCCAUGGAGGCCACCAAGCCAUCGGCCUCACCGUCGAAGGAAUCGGAGCCGGUCGGCGUUAGGGCUGCAGCCGCCGUCGCCGCCACGCAAGUUGCCGCCCACGAGAAGAACGCGCUGUGGGUCGGCAACCUGCCUGCGCACGUGGGUGAGGACGACGUCGUGGCGUCCUUCGCCCCGCACAAGACACUCGACUGCAUCAUCAUGCGCAUCGAGUACCGCAGCAAUGCCUUCAUCAUUUUCCGCUCCAUCGCCGAGUGUCGGACCGCCCUCAAGGCGCUCCGCGGGUCCAAUAUCAAGAGUGCGUUCAUCCUGAUUGAGUUCGCCCAACCGUGGAGGCACAAUGGAUCAGUGGCGACAGGGUGGUCUGGUGGAGAAUCGCAGGUGGCUGGAGGCAGCAGCGCUCAGAGUCUAGGGAAGCGCGGCGCAUGAGGCCCUUGAUAUGGUCGAUGGGCACGUGUGAGCCGAUAGCGACGGGAUACCUUGACACCGGUGAAUGGCCUAGCAGGAAGCGGUGGCAGUGGGUUCCUUUAUGUGGUGGGAGACAUCGGCAGCGCACGGGAAGGCCAGGCCGUCCGGAUUUUCUUUAUAACUGCAGGUCAUCUGGAUUGGGUGAAGAAGGGUAGGGUUGGGUAAUUUUUUCUUAAUCAAAUAGUUUCCCAGAUUGGGGAACAAUGGUCGGGUCGGCCAGCUCUUUUUUGUUCCAGAUCUUUAGCGAAUCGUUUUGUACCACUUA